AUGUCGAUUGUGGCCGAUCAGGUCCGCUGUCUGGAUGCACGGAUCGACCGGUUUUCUUUGGUGCCGCUGACACACGGCCCGGAUCACGAUGCCGAGCUGCAGCCCGUGGAGGGCGUCGCGGCCUCUGCGCUCGCGUCGCCGCGCAUCGACGAGCUGCUGCGCAUCGUGAAGGCUCUGUCCUCCGGCUCGGUCUCGGGGGCGCAUCUGUCGUCCGCACGCAUCCAGCGGUUGCUCCAGCAAUCCGGCCUGGCAGGAGAAGUGCCGCCGGCCGAGCUGCUUGAGGCGAAGAGCCAGUAUGAGAUUGACGUCGAGUGGCUCCUGGUAGGCAAGGCGACCGUGCAGACGUACGGCCUCCUGAUGAGCACCCUUCUGGACCAGAUCAUCCCGCUCAGCGACGAUAUAUGGUACUGGGAUGAGGUGCUGGGGUCCUACCCGCACAGCUUGGUCUAUACCGUGCAGACGUCGCCCCUGCGGAUGUGGAAAUGGACGCGGGAAGUCUACUCGGAGAGCGUCGACCGCUUCCAGCGCCUGUAUCGGGAGGAAAUUUUCGGCCAAUCGUCGGAAGCGGAUGACUCGCCGUCUACGCAACGGAAUGGUAGUGGCCACGGCCCCAAGGCGAGAACGAAGGGCUUUGCAUCUUUAUAUCCUCAACUAUCCAAGCAUUGGCGCCAGUUCUAUGGCAUUGUAAGGCAAAGCGUCGCAGAGAGAUCCAUCGCGGACAUCCAACGCAAGAUCCUCUCCCGCGUGGACAUUGGCCGCUCAGAAGCGCGUUACAAGCAGGCACGGCUGCGGAAGCUGCGAGAAAUGACCGCCACAGGGUUGGGAAUCCUGUUGGACGAAGGGCUCAACUUCGGGGGAGCGGACGAGACGCAAAGCGAGGAGUGGAAGGGCAUGCUGGAGCGCAGCGUGGCGCUGAUGGACAUGAUCCUGCAGAACGUCCUUCACUUGGACAUCAGUGUCUCGGAGUUUGAGGACAAGGUCUUCACGGGGGUCGAGGAAGACCCGGAGCUAUCAAUCCACAUCGAGGAGUCGCAUCCGGCCGAGAGACCCGCCGUCCUGGCGCGGCGGCUGCUUGGGCUCCUCCAAGCCGAAUUACCUAAUCACCGCGCCGCUAUGGGAGAGGUGGCACGGCAGAACGGACGGCCGUCGAGGCUCGUCAGAUACUGGCUCCCCGCAGCGGCGCUGCUUGUCUCGUCCUCGACGAUUCUGCGCAUCCUGGUCAACCGACAAGACGACAUCAUCAACUGGAUCCGGGACUUCGGCGCCACGACACGCGACUUCUGGCUCAACUGGGUCGUCGAACCCGUCCGCAAGAUCAUCGGCACGAUCCGGCACGACGCCAACAGCGAGAUUGCCAUCAUGAGCCGGGACAGCCUCAAGGCGGACCGAGACAGCCUGGAGCGGAUGGUGGUCGAGUUCGCCAUGGACAAGCCCGACAUUGCCGUGGGGAACGCGUCCAUCACCGACAGCCAGAUCCUCGAGAUCCGGUCGAAGGUUAAGGAGGGCGAUGUCACGCCCGUUUUAAAAGCGUACGAGAAAGACCUGAGGCGGCCGAUCGUGGGCGCCAUCAGGGGCGAUCUCGUCCGGUCGUUGCUCAUCCAGGUGCAAAAGACCAAGGUCGACCUAGAGGUGGCGAUAAGCGGGAUCGAUGCGCUGCUGAAAAGUCAGGAGUUGGUCUUUGGCUUCGUCGGGCUGACUCCUGGCAUCCUUGUUUCAAUUGGGGUCUUCCAAUAUCUGAGGACUCUCUUUGGCAGCCGCAAAGGCCUGCGCCAGGGCCGGAGAGUCAGACGCAGCGUCCGGGUGCUGCGGAAGAUUGACCGGAUCCUGUCCGAGGCGACGACUUCUCAGAAUAACGUCAUCUCCUACCGCGAUCACGGUCUCCUGGUGUGCGAGGUCCACGUGCUGCGCGGCCUAGCUCACGGCGUCCUCCCUGGCGAUGUUGAGAAGGAAUUCAUCGAGGAUCUCGAUGAGCUGGCAAACCUCAAGGGGAUCCAAGUGCAGAUGAAGGCGCUGGAAAGGAUUCGCUGGGCUUAUGCGGAGUGGUUGAGCAGGAUGAGGUAUGUCGAGGCAGCUCUCGGUAAGCGUGCAGGUACCGAGGGCGGGGCAACCUCAGUGGACCCUGGCCGACUAGGCAGCGUUCCCGUCACGUCGACGACGGAACCCAGGGCGCUUGGGAAAGCAACCGGCUGCUUGGUUCCACGCGUGGUUUCUGCAGUUCGGCCUGCAUACGUUCUCGGAUCGCUUCUGGGCUUUGCAUAUCCGGCAGGCACGCCCUAAUAACUACUCCAUUCGACGUGAUUUCGCGCCUCUCUCGACCGAGCCGUCCUCCUGAAUAUCCCUCCUGAAUAUCGAAGCGAGCUGCCCCGAACGCGGCGCUCCGCCUUCUCACCUUCACCAUGUCGUCGAGUACCAGAAACUACGACUUCUUGAUCAAGCUGCUGCUGAUCGGAGACUCGGGCGUGGGCAAAUCAUGCUGCCUGCUACGCUUUAGUGAAGACUCGUUCACACCAUCCUUCAUCACGACGAUCGGCAUCGACUUCAAGAUCCGGACGAUCGAGCUCGAUGGCAAGCGGGUAAAGCUCCAGAUCUGGGACACGGCCGGGCAGGAACGGUUCCGCACCAUCACCACCGCAUACUACAGGGGCGCGAUGGGGAUCCUGUUGGUCUACGACGUGACAGACGAGCGGUCGUUUAAUAACAUCCGCACGUGGUUCGCCAACGUGGAGCAGCACGCGACAGAGGGCGUCAACAAGAUCCUGAUCGGCAACAAGUGCGACUGGGAGGAGAAGCGGGUGGUGUCGACGGAGCGCGGGCAGCAGCUGGCCGAUGAGCUGGGCAUCCCGUUCCUCGAGGUCUCGGCCAAGACCAACACCAACAUCGACAAGGCGUUCUACAGCCUCGCAGCCGACAUCAAGAAGCGCAUCAUCGACACGUCCAAGCCGGAGCAGGCGGGCGCCGGGUCCGCCGUCGCCGUCGGCGAGCAGGCCGGGGCCGGGGCCGGGGCGAAGUGUUGCUGAGCAAGCAGAGAAGCCGGAAAGAGUUGAGGGAAAGUUGUGUGGCAGUUUUACGUGGCGGGCUCUGACGGGACAUCGAAAGCGCCGGCUGGGCACAUUGUGCUGCUUUGAAUUUUGUUGCACCACCCACCCUGCGGUCUCAACCGGUCCCGACCGACGGCUUCGAUCUUAAGAUCCCGAUUCUGGCACCCACCCGACGAAUAUUCCUAUGCUGCGGAGGCGGGACUAGGCACUAGAGAAAGGGGGAGCUAGUUACUGGUGGAAGCGGACCUCGACGGAGGGACGGGAGGGACAGGGAGACAGAGCGGCGGAGGGUCAGCCGCUCUUGCCUGCCCGCCCGCCCCUGCAACCUGACUCCUUGCAAGAUGCUUUGUUUUGCUUUUCUGGCUGCUUUGCUGUUUGUAGAAAGCGGGGUUCCUUGUCUGGCAGGCGAGCGGGUAGAUGGGCUGGCAGGCAACCACUCUCGGGGGGUAGGCAGGCAGCAGAGCCAAGGGGGGGAGUGCUGGGGCAAUAUCUAUCUGGUCUGGUCACGGAGUUUGGGGCCCUUCUCUUGUAUUGACGUUUUGGCACUAAUAUAUUUACCUCCUGAA